ACGCGCUUCUCAUGCAAACGACACAAGCGAUCCAGCCGGGUAAAUAAGCGAGCGCACCCCCAUCUUCCUUUGGCUCUUAUCCCCACCUCACGGCGUCUUCCAACUUGCUUUUCCGACUACAUCCGGAAACUCUGACAGGUGUCUACUUUCGAAACGAUUCUUGCACGACCGGUUAACUUUCUACCAGACCAUCCCCUCCUCACCCCUAGUUCAGGAUAAAAUUCAUUUUGCAAAGACGCUUACGCCAUUUUGCCACUCCCAGACUUCUCGUCUGUCGUGGAGUACCAAACAGGAGAUAGAAGCUAAGAGAUGGGGAAGUGCGUCGGACGAGUUUUCAAGAGUUUCGUGUACUUUCAACGUGGAAACUUUCCUAAGAUACUUCACUUCUUCGAUAUUAGAAAUGAUUUCAAUUUAUUUUCAUUUCAUUUUUUUUUUUUUUUAUUUCUCUCUUUCUUUCUGUCUCUUGAUAAUCUCGUAACGAGAAACGAAAGAGUAAAUAUCUGAAGAACAUUGGAACAUAAGAAAGAAUCGAAAUGAUUCAACAUAGGAGAUCGUUGUAGUCAUCGGAAGGGUAAGAAGAUGUCGGAGAGUACGACCUCGAACGUACGCGAGGUAAGCAGAAAUGAUUGGCCGCGUAGGCGGCCUCGGCCUCGGCCUCGUUUAGGUGGAGAACGAGGAAGAAGCGAUGCUUGGCUAACGGAGAAGAGGGGUGCAGUAGGAUUUUGCGCAGUGAGUUACCCCGGCCACGAUCGGACCUCUCUUAUCCCCCGCCGUGAGCCACCAACGAACUCAGGUGGGGGAUGAUGUUGCCGCGGAUGCUGGCUCCACGUCGUAGACGGACGAAUCUCGCGUCAGUGCGGAUCAGAAGCGGACACUCGGGAUCGUGGUAUUUCUCGACACUUUCCAGCGCGUUCAAAGUCGCACUUAGAUCUUGAAUCUCUUCUUCUAAGUGAGAUUCUAAUCGACAAAUACAGUGGAAGAAAAUACAAUAGAAAAGAACGAACAAGAGAAGAAGAAAAUAGAAUUUUUGUGGAAGGAGAGAAAUCAUCAUCGAAAAGAAAAGGAAGAGAUCGAGAGUUUCCAACUCUCCAGCUGAGCUGUCGCGUCGAUGCCGCGUAUCUCGUGCUUGGAUAGCGCGGGACCUCGUCUCGUUUCGAGGACGAACAAAUUCCUGAUAACAGUAGUAUCAUCGAACUCGUCUUACUUGAGUCCUGCACCAUGACGAGCUCCUCUCUCGAUGGAUCCAACGUGCUCCACCGUCGACCGACUCCUACGAUUUCGCUGCUCCUGGCAGCCUUGGAUUUCUCGUCCUUGAACGAGUAAUGACGAUGAUAACUCUUCACGUCUACUUAUCAUGCGCUAUAAAAUAUCACGAGGCAAUGCUACAGUAGAAUAUCGAAUCACAUAUCAUGGAGGCAGUAGUUAUUUUCAUAGGAGUCCUUACUGUACUGGUUUUAUGCGUGAACGAACCUGUCAAAGGCAUUCCCGGACAGUGUAUGUUACCUCUCGGCAUGGAAGAGGGAAGGAUCCCCGACGACGCUAUUACUGCGUCUUCAAGUUACGAGAUGAAAUCUGUGGGGCCGCAAAACGCAAGAUUACGGCACGAAAAAAAUGGCGGAGCUUGGUGCCCAAAAGCACAAAUUAGCAGUGCUAUACGAGAAUAUUUGGAAAUCGAUCUUACGAAAGAUCAUCUUAUUACGUGGACUGAAACUCAAGGACGUUUCGGUAACGGUCAAGGUCAAGAAUACGCCGAAGCAUUCUUUCUCGAAUAUUGGCGCGAUUCAAAGUGGCAUCAAUAUAAAAAUCUUAAAAGAGACAAAGUAUUACGAGGAAAUAGCAAUACAUAUUUGGUAGAGAAACAGAAAUUAGACUUACCGUUCGUAGCGAGCAGAGUACGAUUUGUUCCGUACAGCCAACAUCCUCGUACCGUCUGUAUGCGUGUAGAAAUUUAUGGCUGUGUGUGGGAACAACAUAUCGUAAGAUACGUAACACCCGCGGGUGAUUCAUUCGGACCAAACGGAUCCAACGUGGAGGAUUCUUCCUAUGACGGUACAGAGGCUGAUGGUAUUUUAAGAAACGGGCUUGGUCAAUUGAUCGACGGGAUUUUUGCGGACGAAUCCGAAGCGAUGACCUCUUCCAGCGGCACGAAUUGGGUCGGAUGGAGCAAUCGAGAUAGCGUACAAUUGAUCUUCGAGUUUGACGAUAUCCGCGAAUUUGUCAACUGUACCAUGCACGUAGCGAAUUUACCACAACACGAUAUCGAGAUAUUCUCAGAGGUUUCUGCAUGGUUCUCUCUUGAUGGUAUUGAUUAUAAUCCAACGGAAGAGACAUUGCGUACAACGGAUGAUAUAAAAACCGGCACUAGUCUUUCAACGAUCCUGUUACCAACGCGAAUUGGCAAAUUUGUUAAAUUGGAAUUUAAACCCAAAUCGAAAUGGUUACUCCUUAGCGAGAUCACUUUUGAAACAGUUGUAGGUACAAGGAAUUUAUCGAAUGAGUCGACUAAUCAAAUAAUCGACGAUGACGUGAACGACAUCGAAUUGAGCGUAGACCUUGCUGAUAAAACCAACAACGAUUUCAACGAGACGAUUUACGAACAAAAUGAUUCUAACUUAACACCCGACGCCUUUCCAGUUAAUAAUUCUCAAACUUACAUCGGUCUCGUGAGUGGUACAUUGACAGUGAUCGCCUUGCUUCUAACUUGUACGAUAUUUUUAAUGAAACAAAGAGGACGCAACAAAGUGGCUCUGUUGCAAAAACACACGGCUUUGUUGUGUGGUUCCUCAGCACCAGGUAUCACGAUCAACAUGAAGGACGUUAAAUUAGCUACUCCAAUCGUUGUUAAUGGCUUGUCUCAAUCACGAUUAUCAGUCAAAAGCAAAACUCUUACGAAUGACGACGAAAGUAUUCGUGGUACAACCGAGAGACGUAAUUCAGAACGAAUUUACGAACGUUCCAGCGCCUACGAAAGAACCUACAAGGUUUUCUCGGAAGACAAUCAUAUUUAUGAUGGGAGAUCUCAUCAAAGUGAAUUAUUAUCGUCGAUAGAUUAUAAUGCCGAAUACUCUGACUUUAACAGCGAGUGUAACUUUUCAAGUUACAAGUUAGGAAAUCGCGUGGUGUCGACGCCUUUUCCGGUAAAGAAGUCAAAAUCGACACAAUCGGGAAAAAUCAAUCAUAAAGUUUACGAAGGCUAUUAUGCUGCGACCGAUAUUCUCACGAUCAAAAGACGUGAACAAUCUUCCGUAUUCAGUCUCUUUACACCUUUACAUAUUAGAGAUAACACGCACUGUGCCAAUAAUCGAGAUUCUUGCGACAUUCCACGGAUUUCUAGACAUAGAUUAAGAAUCCUUGACAAGCUUGGCGAAGGAAGUUUCGGAUUGGUACAUCUUUGCGAAGCUAAAGGUAUUCAAAAUCCAGAUGUUGGGAGUAUACGAAAUCGACAAGUUGUUAUAGUUCGGUCCCUGUGGCGUGGAGUCGUGGAUUCUCUGAAGAAAGAUUUCACAAACGAUAUGCAUUUUUUGGCAACCAUUCGUGAUGUUAACAUCGCAAGAAUAAUCGCUCUGGUCGAGGAAGAACCUUUCGGUGCUGUGUUUGAAUACGGCGAGCUGGGAGAUCUUCCAAGUUUUUUGGAAGAUCGCCGCAAGUCUGAAAACGAUGCAUCACUAAGCUACGAAUGCUCUUUAAAUUUCAUCAUGCAAAUCGCCUCAGGAAUGAAAUACCUCGAAAACUUGAACAUACCCCAUCGCGAUUUGGCAGCCAGGAAUUGCAUCGUUAAUCAAAAUUUAUCAGUAAAAGUGUCCGAUCAUGCGAUGUAUUGCAACAAAUAUGAUCACGUGUAUUACGUUGAUGGAUGUUAUAAAAAAAUUCCGCUUCGUUGGAUGGCCUGGGAAGCGGUAAUAUUGGGUAAAAAAUCUUGUCGAGCCGAUAUUUGGUCAUAUGCGAUAACGGUCUGGGAGAUCUUAACAGGAUGUAAGGAAAUACCCUACUCAGAUUUGACCUCGGAACAAGUAUUGGAGAAUUACGAUCGUUGGUAUAAUCAUACGGGCUACAAUAGCAGUAGUACCAGUGAAAAGAAUCAACCUCGAGUACUGUCCCAACCUUUGUGCUCCUCCGCCGAUUUAUAUCACAUGAUGCUCAAGUGUUGGAGUAAACAGCCCGAAAACAGACCGACGUUCGAGGAGAUCUACCUCUAUUUAAAGAGACUGGCUUUCGAUUAAAAAAGAACGCUCCAUGAGACUCGCUCUAGGAGCGCGGACCAAAUUAAUUACAAUCAGCCAAGAUGCAUCCUACUUAUUUGCCUCUAUCUUUCUAUUACGAUGAUCGUUCAAUUAUUAUUCCUCCCAUGUGUGAAUUUCACUUACACGUCAUCAUUCACACUUCUCCUUUAACGUAGGAUGCUCUGGCCCUUAACAUAUAAUGCUCAUCUAGGUUUAUCUAAUUCGAUCCUCUAUUAUUAUAAUACUUAUAAAAUUAAGGAUUCGGAUAAACAGAAACUUUUUUAUAAAAAUUAGUGUGAUUGUUCUUCAUUUUAGCAUUUGUGAUUUGAGAACGUCUCACACGCUUUUCAUAUAACUAAUAUCGUAAGAUGAUAGUUUAAUAAUGAUAUCCAGUUCUCGCGCAUUAUUAAUAACCAUUUUAACUUUUAAAUGCUGCAUGCGUUUAAUUGAACGGCCUCGCGUAUUUAAAUUCGAAAAUAGAAACUUAAGUUCGGCCGUUAAUAUGACGAACCUGCAUGUGCGCGUGAACUUAAUAUUAAUAUUAACAUAUUUCGAAUCGUUACAUUUUUGCCAAUUCCAUUGAACAUAUUAUUAAAAUAUAGUAUAUACGAAAGUAUAUAGCGAAAGUAAUGCUAUAAAGAAAUGGGAAAACUAUCUAAUAUAUAUACAUAUACAUAUAUAUAUUAGAUAGAAA